GGAUUGGUCGGACGAGCGUACAGCCUUCUUUAAGUAAGCAGGCUGAAUCUUGGGAGUCUUCAUAAAUAGAAUCCGACCCUCUUUCACACCACGACCCCGCCAACAACAACACGAACCUUUCAACAAUCCACCUCACGAUUAUUUACGAACCGUACUCUUUGAGCUCUUCCUUCCGAGUAUCGCCUUACAUACACACCUGAUAGUCAUCAUGGCAGCUGAAGCCCCCAAGCAACAAAGCCCCCCGCUCAAGUACACCGUUACGCAUAACCGCAAGCCGACUCACACCCACGAGGAGUUCAUUGCUUGGUUGGUUAAUACGCACCUCCCGCUCGCCCUGCCAGUUUUGAAGAAACAUGGCGUUUUGGGCUAUGAACUUUUCGUCACCCCCCCCUUCCUCUCCACGGCCCUCGCGGCCGAAAUGGCCGUCUUCCAACCCACCUGGGACGUCUCGACCACCGACUGCUUCAUCGAGUACACGAUCCCAGACAUGCAGAGCAUGAAGGACGUGGUGGCGGACCCGGACUGGGGCGUCGCGACCAGGGACCAGGAUGAGUGGGUCGAGAUGAGCAAGAGUUUGGUGAGUUUGGGGUUUAGUACCAGUUAUUUGAGUGGUGGGGAGAUUGUGAAGAAGUGAGCUGCGUAUGAGGACGUAGAGGGAUGCGG